CAUAUGUGUUUAACCGCCUUCUGCGGCCACGGUGGUUCCAGCGAACGCGGCAUGGCCACCCGGAGCUGUGGCUUGGGCGAGGCGGUGGCAGCUGCCUCCAAGACCUGCGCGGUGCAUCGAGAGGCCUACGAUCGGUGCUUCAUCCAGUGGUAUCGCUCCAGUUUCCUCAGUGGCGACUUAUCCAGUGACAGUGAUCCGUGUCGAGAAAAAUUCGACACUUAUCGCGGUUGCGUUCUGAAGGAACUCAGGGAGCAAGGUGUGGAAAAAAUUGCCCAUUUUGAAUACAAUGCAACUCCGGAGCGUGAGUUUGAUGCCUAGCGCAUGUUGUGUCGCCGUGGCUCUGACUUGCUGUUUGAUGUUUGCCCGGGCAGAUAUUUUGGAAGACUGGAUCUACCCUUUAGAAGCUGAUGUGUUUUUUGCUGGAACUUUUGAAAAACAAUGGUCGCAUUUUCCCCACAACAAAUCCCUUGUUCCCAUCACCUUGGAACACGUGGCAGAUUGGUUGGAAAGCCAGGGCCGAGACGAGGAGGUCAUAGAGACACUUGAGCAUCCAGUGACACAGAAGGCUUUUCGAUCCGACAACCCCAGUCCAGUGCAAUAUAUCCAGGAAGCAUUUUUACAGGGUCAUUCAAUGGUGAUCAAUUCUUUAAACCGAUGGUCUGAACCUGGAAAAAGGGUAGCCAAAGACUUAAAUGCAGCUGCGGAUCUACCUGUGGAUGUCUACAUGUAUUUAACUCCACCACAUUCGCAAAGCUAUGGGAUGCAUUCAGAUGUCAUGGAUGCGUUCAUGGUUCAACUGGGUGGUUCCAAAUCUUGGAAGGUCUGUGACGUGACUAGUUGGAUGGCACCGCGUGAAAGAUACGACCAGCUGCCACUGAAACUGAAUGGAACGUGUGAGGAGGUCCUAAUGCAACAAGGUGAUGUGAUGUAUUUACCUUAUGGCACCUUACACCAAGCAAGUACAUCUUCUGACUAUUCCAUGCACUUGACGGUCAACAUUGAGAGGCAGUACUAUGUUUGGUUGGCGCUGAUUUUUGCGAUGAUUCACAAAGUUGCGAAACCCGACCUGACCAUCGAAGCGUUCCUUGCCAGCAACGAGUUUGCCCCUGAUGAUGAAGAGAACGACCUCUACCGGCUGAUGCUCACGGUGUCCUCAUCGCUCCCACUGAUGCAUCGCCUGCCUGGCGGCGGCCAAGUGGGAAGGUCCUCCAGGUUGCUGCUGACUCCAUUGUGCAACGAGGAUCUACCAGCUGAGUAUCUUCCCAGCGUGAAAUCGCAAUUGAAGGAGUUGCUGACAUCUUUGCUGACGAUUCUGCCUGAGCAUGGGCCAAUGGAGGUGUUGUUGGAUGGUCGCAGGAUGCCGAUGUUGAAGCUGGUGAAACAGCUUCAGAAGAAGUCAGAGGACUUACUUCCUUGGGCUCUCCAACUGGCACGUGUCCAUUCCAUCAAACAUGCUGGGCUGCAACUGCAGAAACCUCACCUGUUUGAGUCCUUAUCUUCAGCAAGAAAGUUGCAUCAUGAGCUUUUUACACGUGCAAAACUGGACGAUUUCCCUGCAAAGAUCUCAGGGAAAGCGUCAUUUGUGCGCAGAUCCGCUUUGCGCGCCGUGUUGCUGGAUGAUGUGAUCCCAGCCAGGUUGAUUAUGAACAACCAGGUGCUUCCUGUGACUCCACAGCAGCUCUCAGCAGUCCGCUAUUGUCUGGGCCUCUACAGCGAGCUGUCUGCGCAGGGGCGACCCUUUCGGCUGAUGGAGGUGGAACGACUGGGCCAAAGCGCCAUUCAGCUACUGCAUCAGCUGAUUUUGAGCGGGGCAGUGGAAGUCAUUGCUUAAGAAAUCACUGGAAGGGAGCGGGCCGUAUUGCCAAG